GUUGUUUGUUAUUUUGAAACUGCAGAUCAUCGUUCAUCGUUUACUCAGCGACUCAAAAGAAAUGAUGAAUUCAAAACUAGAACCUACAAAGAGAAAACGCAUAAAAACGGAUGAAGAGUAUUCAGACGAACAUAGUGAACACAAGCCGCUAUGCAAAUAUGGUGAAAAGUGUUACCAGAAAAAUUCUUAUCAUCUACAGAAAUUUAAACAUCCCCAUCGAGAUCCUGUCGUCAAGCCUGAACUGGAGUUACAAGAAAAAUCAGAUGAAAGUAUAACAUGCUUGAUGUCCUCAGGCUCAACGGGAAUGAAAGAACAAGAAACACCAGCAGAGUCUACUCCUUCUUCUGUAACUGCUGAGCAUGGCAUUGACUAUCAAGAAAGCAAAGGGGAUCAUAAUGAAUUGGCACAUUCACCCUUGGAUGUGAAGGAGAACAUAAAGCAAAAAUUCCUAGUUGAGAUGCCUGAUGAUUUUUAUCAAUUCUGGUCAUUUUGUCAAUCUAUUUGUCAGCAGAAUACUUUAGAAUCAUUUAAGGCCUCCCUUGGAUUACAGUUAGUUGGCCCAUUUGAACUGCUUGACAAAACCCAGAAGGAAAGCAAGCUCAAAGAUAAAUCAGACAAUCUUUUAACACAAUGGCGAUUUUAUUAUGAUCCUCCUGAAUUUCAGACUGUAAUGGUUGGUGAUCUAAGCAAAGGAUAUCAUAUUGGUUAUUUCCGUGAUGCUCCAAACGAAAUGCCGGCGUUUGUUGGCUCAAACACGGAAUCAGAAGGCUGCGUAUUAACUCCCAUGAGCGAUAAUCUGUUUUCCGCUGUCAGUCAGAUGCUAUCUGUGACCGUUAAAAAAGUGGACCCAUUUAAGAAAAGCCAACUUAUGUCACUGAAGAAGCAAUUAGAAGAUUGGGCAAACAAAAAUGGUAUUCUAAUUGAGCCACAGAAUCAAAUUCUUAAAAAGCGAAAAAAGCUGAUGGUUGCUAAAACAUUUUACGAAUGUGGCAUUGUGGUCCCGGUAGAUAAAAGAACAAACGUCGGGUACAGACAAAUUCCAGAAACAAGUGCCAACAUAAAAAAAAUUUGCAAAAAGAUCGUUGAAAGCCAAAAUUUAGCUGAACAAAACAAGAACAGCGAUGCUCUUCAAGAAUUGGUUACUUACGUUCAGUAUGCUAAUGAUGAAUCGGACUACGGGAUGGGUCUAGAACUUGGACUAGAUUUAUUGGCCUUUGGGGGAGAGGUUUUCCAUCCAACAAUACUUCACCUGUUGGGCGUUGCCUACGAGCUUUUGGAGCGCAAAGAAUUUUUCGUUAUGCUUAAGACACAUCUGAAUAAUAGGCGUAGGCUCGCUACUGCAGAAACUGGAAAAUUCCCAGCAAGUAUUGCAAACCAAGGUAGCAUAUCACACAUCCUUGCAAUGAGAAGAGCCACUCAAAGAGCUCCAAAAAGGAUUCCAGAUAGAAGCCAUGUGGAAUGGCACGAUUUUGACCCGAGGGUUGAGGAGUAUUACAAUGCCAAUAACCAUUACACGUCAGGACCUGGACUACACUUACCACCCAGUUUACCCUACGCUAUGAGGACAAAUGCAGUGCCAUACAAACUGUUUGUUAGUGGUAUUCAUCCCCAUACAACAGAGGAAGGUAUAAGGCACAUCUUUUGCAAUUAUGGCAAACCCCUGUCUGUGAUCAGGACCAGGAACAAACUUCAACAACCAAUUGCAUUUGUGGAGUUUGAGUCGCAGUGUGAGGCUGAUAAUGCAAUUAUUGAACUCGAUGGGAAACCACCCCUUAAUUGGGAGGUAUGCUACGCUAUGACCCGCUGUAGUGAAGAAAGGGUAUACCCACAAUUCGCAAAUCUCUCACUGGAAUCGGAUUUUGAAAGACAGACACCUAUGUUUCAAACUUCUGGCAUAGGCAGGCAACCUUUCCACUCCAGGCAAUCUCCUGGUUUCACCGAAAAUGAAUCUUCUAUGGGACUGACUCGAUCGAAGAAUACCAAUUCCAAUUUUCUGAAGCAAGAGAUUCCGACCUGUUUCGUAUGCGGGGCACAAGCGCCUCUUGUCUGCACAAUUUGUAAGACUAGGUAUUGUUCUCAAACGUGCCAGGGAAGUGAUUGGCCAACUCAUCAACAUGUUUGCAGACCACCACCAGCCUUAGAGCCAGCAAGUCAACAUGUACACGCCAGUAAUGGAGCGACCCAACUCCGUUUGGCACCUGGAAAAAGUGUUGCUGCUAGAAAUCAGGAUUACCCAAACAUUUCAUUCCCUCGCCAGGGCAGUGAUUGUCCUAUCAACAUUGAGCAGACUCACGGCCUUUCAGCAGAAGUUGGAAAAAAUCAUCGUACUGGUUCAGCUGAGUCCGCUAGUUCACAUUCGUACAUUAUCAAGGGUAUUCAGCCAUUGGACCAAAUGGGACCUUCAAAUCAACGUGCCGCUGACCUGUCAGUGACGAUUCAUCGUAACGUGAACAGUGGAUCAAGGAUUAAAACGCCAGACCUGAGAAUCGUUAAGGACGUCAGUGAUGUACCUGUCCAUUACGGUAAAAAUCAACCAGGUAGACAUGGAGACAUGCAAGCCACUGAUCAAAAUAAACCUGCACAAGGCUUCACACGCAGUCCAAAUUGGACGAACAAUGAUGCCGCGUCUAAGACAAAUAAUAAAAGUAGUACCAUUACGCCCAAGCAUGAUCAAACUACCCUGAACGAGCGUCAGUAUGAAAAUCAUUUGGAAAUUGGAGUCGGACCCAAAUCUCGAACGUUUCCAAUAGCUGAUGUUUCCCCGAAUACUCCCGUCGUAACAACUCCUCAGAAGUCCCAGCAAACUCAUACGGCUAGUGCGGCGAAAACCUACGCCAAAGAGUUUUCUCCAGGACGAUUGCAACUGAUAUCCGACAAGCCCAGCAAAGUUUCAGUCUGCUUUGCCAAGUCGCCAUCUGAAUUUUACAUCCAGUACUUUACGUUCCGCGAAAUUUUGCAACAAUUGAUGAAGAGCAUCAAUAACUCCGCUAUCAUGUCAGAUCCGCUUGUAAACCCAACAGAGGGACUACCGUGCCUCGCAAUUUACCCUGAAGACGGCUGUUGGUACCGAGCCCAAGUUCUGAAAGUAUUGCCCGACGGUAUCGGGGUGCGUUACGUCGAUUUUGGUAAUACGGUGAAAAUGCCCAACAACAAAGCUAACUUCCUAAUGAUGGAAUAUUCGUUGAGUGAAUAUCCAUUUUACGCCACCAAAGUCAAAUUGGCCGACGUUUUUCCAGUCAACGGAAGUAGUUGGCAUAAGGACGUCUGUCUCCGCUUCAGGGAGAUCGUAAAUGAUCAGACCUUCCUGAUGGAAUGUGUCCAGCAGGAUGCAGAUGCCAUGAGUAUUCGAUUGAAGAAUUGUGAUGGAUCUGAUUUAGUUACUCGUUUGUUACAAGAAAGUCUCGUCCGUAAAUCACCACUAAAAGUUUCUGAUGAGCUGGAUCGUUUCCCUGUUGCUACUGGAACUACUGCCCUUCCGCGCUCCCAGCAAAUGGUCCAUAAUCCACAGAUGUCGCAUUCUCAGCUUCCUGGUUUAUGUAGUGGCACUGGCACAGCAUCUUCACCAGUCAAUAGAAGUCCACAAGCCCAAGAACGCGUGCAAGCUGUCACUCCCAAAGAAUCGACGGUCACGAGUUUAACGAUACCCAGGCAAUCACCACUCCCAGUUCAUUCUCCAACUAGGGCUGCGUUGCGGCAGGAUGCUAACUUUAGUCAACCCCGUGCUCCAACUAUGCCUUCUGCUCCGGUUCGUCCCAUCAGUUUGCCAAGUCGUCCAUUGUCAUCAGCACAUUCUCCAUUACCACCGAAGACCAACUCCAUCAUUGAAGUCCUGGAAGCUGGCAUGACGGUUAUUUUCCAAGUGAUUGUACGAGACAGUUGUGAUCGAUUCAUCGGCAUGCUUAUUCGUGACGAAGAUGAUAUGGGUAUCAUCGAAUUCAAUUCUCUGGCACAAACCAUAGAGUCUGUUCAUAAUUUCCAACCAACCGUUGGAUCGGUUGUGGCCGCUCUCUCUUUGGUUGAUAACCAGUGGUACCGUGGCUGUAUCACAAAGGUGUUAAAAUCUUCAUACACCGUUCUUUAUGUUGACUAUGGAAAUGUCGAGGAAGGUGUUAUCUCAGUGAAGCCGAUUCCGUCAAGCUAUUGCCACCCUAUGUUAUGCGUCAGACUGAGCGUUGCUGAGAAUUCUUCGUUGGGAAUUAAACAAUAUGUGGAUGAGACCAUGGUUUUAGAAAGCAGCCAUCAAAUGGAAGUUACUGCAAAAAAUACUAAGGACUCAGUUCUGGCUAAUAUCAUCACGGAAGAUAUCCCAGCUUGUGUUGUCCAAUUAGAGCCGUGGACUUCGUUGUUAUCCAAACUUGAUGUGGCACCUAUGCCAAUUCGUGAUAUUGCUUCUCCAAACUGGGAAGUUGGACUUAGCUGUGAAGUAAUGCCGUUCGUUGCUGAAGAUGUGGAUUGCAUUUACGUUCAAGCCGUCACAGACGAGACAGUUGAUUUAACCUGCAAAAUUCAAAAAGAGUUAAAUGAAUAUUUACCUACCAGUAUAGCGGUAUCAACCAUUCCAGUUAUAGGAAGCUGCGUGGCUGCAAUAUUCCCAGACGACGGCGAACUGUACCGGGUUCGGAUCGUUGAAACCACGGAAGACUCCGUGUCUUUAUUCUAUGUUGACUUCGGAAAUUCGGCCACAGUAUCCCUUAGCGACAUUCGAGUGCUUCCUGAUCGCUUUUAUGAUUAUCCUGCCUGUUGCAAACGAGUUUCGCUUUCUCGUGUGGUACGACCUGCAAUCCCUCUUCCAACUGCCGUCAAAGAUUUGCUGUCAAGCUGCAUUAAUAAGAUUUUCAAUAUGCUUGUUCUGCCGUCAACGUCUCAAUUCACGGAAUGCGUCCUAACUCAAGAUGGAAAAGUUCUGAAUGAACUUAUCGUUGACAUUUUCGAGCAAUCGAACAUCAGAACUGGAACUUCUCCACCAAGCCAGAUGCCUAAACUUGAAGCCGCUUCUCCCGAAUGUUAUCGUACGCAAGAAAGAGAUGCUCCUGUUGACAACACUUUGAGCGAAAUGUCAUACGACGAUGGUCCUUUCAUGGAGCUACCAGUAGAAAAACCUUUUCAAGCUGUAAUUUCGAAUGUGGAAGGUCCGCAGCUAAUCAUGUUGCGUGUUGUGGAUGACCAAAUUUCUACAAAACUUGUUCGUUUGGGGGAGGAACUGGAAGCCUAUGCUACCGCCAUAGUGCGUGGUUAUGGACCAAAGCUCAAUGAAAUCUGCAUCGCACGAUAUCCUGACGGAAAAUGGUACCGAUCAGCAUGCAUUGAUGAAAUUGCGGAUCCAGCUGGAAAACGUUACAUGUGCAUCCAAGUUGACUAUGGCGAAACACAUAUUGUUGAUGUCGACGACAUUAGGCGCAUUCCGAAACGCUUGAUCGACUCUCUGCCUUAUCAAGCACAACAUACCAUUCUGGAAGGAACAGAAUCAAUGGAAGAAGUGAAGACUGAAUUGUCUACCCGGCUUGGUGAACUUUUACCCAAUAACAGUCAGGUAACCGUCAGCGUAGUUAGUCGCGUCGAAAUGGCAUACGUUGUGCGUAUUCCAGAGAUUAGUGCAAUCCUGUCUUCCGAGGGUUUGCUCUGAUUUAUUUCGAAAACGAACGUUUUUCUUUUGAUUUUUUUUUUUUUUUGAGCACAGGAGUUUUCUGUUGCCUUUCGAUUAUUUUCCAAAUUAUUUGAAUCCGUGUAAUAUGUUUCUAAUAGCCUCGACAACUAUGUUGUAUUAUUAUUAUUUUCAUCAAAAUAAUGGAAGGGCUGUAAAAGGACUUAGGGUAAUCUUCUGAAUACUGAAGUAGUAAACCUGUUUUUGUUUGCCAGCUGACUAGAUCUGGAAUUUUUUUAAUAAAUGCUUUUUUAACAGUA